AAGAACACCACAACUUUGGCAUUUGGUCUGAUUUUCUUUUUCUUUUCCACAUUUUGGACAACAUUCGCAGUUCUCAGAAACUUAAAGUUCCAAAAGAACAAAAGAAAUAAAAGAUUUUGGCAUUUAUUACAUCAUUAAGGAAUCCCUUCGAAAGACUCAAAAUUAAGUCCCUCUUUCCCCAUCAUUACCAUCAUGGCUACCAUGAGACCCUAAAUAAGUCAUGUUAGUUGGGAUUUAACAUCAGCAUGCUGAAAGAAAUUUAAGACAAUCUAGUCCAGCAGUCAGCUAUAUAUAAAAUAAUUCUGUCUCCAAGAAUCUGAGGAUAGAUCAAGCUGAGUACUUAUUGACUCCAUUACUUUAGUGUCUAUAAUAAAGGUAAAGAGGGCAUAUCUAAAUGAAAAGAACUCCAGGGAAAGGGCUAUUUCCUCUUAUAAAACUGAUACUAAAACAGAAAAAGCACAUUCCUACUAUUAAAAUCCCCAAUAUUAAAAUAUGGAAAGAAAUAUGUUCUAAGCUAUUACCAUAUGCCUUCCAUCAGGUAAGAAACAUGUAUCUUGGAAUUCUGUGAGAAUGAGGAACAUAAUGCAGAUACACUACACUGAACAAGAUAAAAUUUUCAUGAUAAAAACUAGAGAUUAGGGCUGGGCUGGCUGCGGCCAGGACGUCAGGAUGGCUAAAGGUGACCUCAAGAAACCACAGGGCAAGAUGUCUGCUUACGCCUUCUUUGUGCAGACGUGCAGAGAAGAACAUAAGAAGAAAAACCCAGAGGUCCCUGUCAAUUUUGCAGAAUUUUCCAAGAAAUGCUCUGAGAGGUUGAAGACAAUGUCCAGGAAAGAGAAAUCUAAAUUUGAUGAACUGGCAAAGGUGGAUAAAGUGCGCUAUGAUCAGGAAAUGAAGGAUUAUGGACCAGCUAAGGGAGGCAAGAAGAAGAAGGAUACUAAUGCCCCCAAAAGGCCACCGUCUGGCUUCUUCCUGUUCUGCUCGGAAUUCCGCCCCAAGAUCAAAUCCACAAACCCUGGCAUCUCUAUUGGAGACGUGGCAAAAAAGCUGGGUGAGAUGUGGAAUAACCUAAAUGACAGCGAAAAGCAGUCUUACAUCACUAAGGCGACAAAGCUGAAGGAGAAGUAUGAGAAGGAUGUUGCUGACUAUAAGAAUGAAAGGAAAGUCUGAUGGUGCAAAGGGUCCCGCUAAAGUUGCCCAGAAAAAAGGGGAAGAGGAAGAUGAAGAAGACGAGGAAGAGGAGGAUGAAUAAAAAAAACUGUUUAUCUGUUAAAAAAAAAUAAAAUAAAACUAGAGAUUAACAUUUGAUCAACCUAAUUCUCCAAAAACUAGAAUCUCAAUACUGCUCAAUUAGUUUUAGUAGAGAAUACUGUAGAGUAAUACAUUGUCAUAAAAAUUUUAUGUUAAGUAUAAAUUUUUUUGGAAAACAAAAAUUGAAUAAACCUGGACAUGGUGGCUCAGGCCUGUAAUCCCAACACUUUGGGAAGCUGUGGAAGCAGGGCUGUUUAAGGCCAAAAGUUCGAGACCAGCCGGGGCAACAUAGCGACACUCCAUCUCUCCAAACAAAAAAAAUUGAAGGAAAAAAAACUGAUUAAAAUCUCAUUUCCUGCUUUGGUCAGUAGAAGUGGAAGACUUUUUACAUAAUUAAAUCAAUUCCAAAUUACAUAUCAUGUACUGUUUGUAAGACACUACCCAUAAAUAACCAACUGCACUUAAUAAGUCUGUCUU